CCAUUUCAAACCUUCUUCUCCUUUAACGACGAUAUGAGGAAGAAAUUGAAUGAGAUAAGUUUGAAUAACCCUGCAUGGUCUACGCUACUUGAUGAGAUGUUAUUCCAAAUUCGUGAAAGAAAACAUCAUGCCGAUUUACCAGCGAUUUCAAGAGCCAAAUGAACACACGCCACGACGAGUUCUCUAUGAAGAUAUUUCUCUUCUGUUCCGCCCGGGUGAUCUUGUCUUUGUUCCCCUGGCACGCCCUGAUGAGAACCAGGCUAGCAUUUCCACUACUGAUCACAAUGAAUAUCAUAGCCAAAUGGUCUUUCGAAUGGUGGACUUUCGAGCUAUCGAGGUGCCUAGUGCCUAUGGGACUGUGAAGUGGGAUGAUCAGAGAACAGUACUCUAUGUGGAUAGCUAUGACCACGAUGGAAAAGGCUCCAUGGCCUGUCGUACAUGGGUUCUAUUUGAGAGCUUCCCGGGGGAGUGUGAGAUUACGUCCCUUGCCUGCUUUCCUCUCAAAUUCCAUCCAAAUUACAACAAGGUAUUGUCGGAGGAUACGGCCAGAGGACGGCGGUUUAAGAAUUUGAUUGAAUGUCCGAUUAAGCCUCACCAUUAUUCCGGUUGGACAUUGGCAAAGGGGCCUAGUAGGCAUGACAAGCUGGAUGAAAAAGGGGCUGAAUACGUCGACGGCGAGGUUAUCGAUCCGAGAAAAUACCUCUCAUUGCAAGGAAGCCGAUGCGAAAGUCGAGACCGACAGAUUCCUGAGGCAUGAUGGCUCUUUUGUGAAAAGAAAACUGGUCAAAUGAAGAUCUGGCUCUUCUUCCUCGACGGGUUUUUGGCUAUUCAUUGCGAGAAUGAAAGUUUGCCAGGUUCGAUAUAGACUGCUUUCCGCCGUCGGUCGAAGGUAGCAGAGCGACGCUCGAU